CCUGUCCACCCUUUGGCUCCCACCAUCGGAAGGAAAGCUCUGUCAGCACUCUGCCUGGCUGACUCAGGAUUCCCAUCUGCUGGUGACAAAGAGGUGCAGCAAAAACGAUCCCUUUUUGACCACUUCUCUUCCUGCUGCAAUUUCCAGGAAUCUAGUGUAGCAAAGGCUUAUAUUUGGCACCCUUUACCCUGCAUAUUAUUCUUACAAGGCUGUGAAGUCAAAGGACAUUAAAGAAUAUAUUCUAAGAAGCAGUGCCAUAUUGUGGUCACUAACUCAAAGAAGAAACUGCAUCUACCUGGUUCUCUUCCUGACCCCUCAAGCCUGGGCAGCAUUAUAUAAAGCAAUGUGGUGUAUAAAUGAGUGACUCCCAAAAGCAUCAGCCUGUUGUCUUAUUUCUUUUGCUAUAAUGGAGGGUCCUUGGUGAGAAGCAGUGUUGUGUGAGAUGUAUCAAAAUGGAACAGCAAUCCCCAGUCCCCAGCUUGCUCUGUGGCCCUGAGAAUCCAGGGAGUGGGAAAAAGCAAGUCCAUAUGCAGAACAAUGAAUAUUCCAGAGAAGAGCCUUCUGUUAGAGAAGGGGCCUGGUGUCACAGACCUCUGUCAGGAAGCUGGCUGCUACCUUGAGUUCUGGUAUGUCAUAGAUAGGGCUGGUCAUUGCUGCUGGCAGGUUGGUCUCUGAGCAGUGGUCAGGGCCAGGUCAGCAUUGGUAAGAGGGAUUCCACCUUGCCGAGCCAUUAUGCUGUCUCUGCCACUUCCAUGUGGCCACUUGGUGCAUGAGCCAAUUAAACACAAGCUGUUAAGUCUGAAGAAAGGCUGGCUGACAUCCACAGGCCUGGGUGUCUCAUCCGCCUGGUUACUGUGAGCCUCCUCUGUUGUGAGACCUUUUGGCAAGCAUGAACAUGGACCACAAAUAGCUUCAUUCUCUGAGCCCACUGGCAUUAUUCCCAGACCAUCUCCAUACCAGGCUCAGACCCAUCCCUUGUGUGAACCUCUUUGCCUGGUGUUUUUAAAUGUACCUGGGGUUUGUUUUACUCAGGAGUGGUAAGGCACAGACAUGAAAAUGACAUGAAGGAAGAUGUCUGUACCCACAGUUCCCUAGAAGUAGGGCCACAUGGGGAAUACCAGAGCCAGCCAGAAGGCAGAGUAUGGGGCUGAGGGUUGUGGGCAACAGCCUGUGUUGUGGCUUUUGUGGGAAAGGUAAAGAAACAGCAGGCAGGCAGGUUUGGGAUUGGCUCAUUGGAUAAUUUCAGCAGGCUCUGGACUCCUCUAGCCGCUGGUUGCCUCUAGUUGUCUGGGACUUGGCUGAGUUGAUUAUGGUGGGGGAAAAACUUUGGCUCAACCAGGAGAGCCCCACAAAGGAGGAGUUAAAGUCUCAGGACUGGCUAGUUUGCAUAUGAAUGGGCUGCUCCUGCAGGGCUAGGGGAAAUCUUGCCAUCUCCUGGCCAGCCCUGGGAAGGGUGUAAGUCCCCGUCAGUGAGGCUUCAGAUGCCAGGGCAUCAAGAAUACAGAAAAUAAGCAAAUGUAGCUAAUAUACCUGGUGACAGUGUAAAUGUGUUACCUGAGAGCAUUUCUCCUCCUAGGCUAAGCACACUGCUUAGAGUCUGCCUGCUUCUCCUCCUCACUCUCUAAGGGCGACCCCAACCGUAUUACCAGCUGUCCACUGUGCGCUUUUGCCAGCAGUCCAUGCAGUUAUCUGUGAACCAGGCUCAGAGUUUGUCUUCCUCAGUCAUUUGGAACAGGGAAGUCCCUGUGAGUCUGAAGCAGGGCCAGAUGCAUGAGGAGUGUGAAAGGCUUGAGGAAUAUUAGUGUGCCUGGUUAGAGGAGGGAACAAGAGGAUAGUGAGGCUGCAGGGUGGCUCAGACUGCUACAUCCACAGCUCAUAGUGGGGGCCUUUCACUGGCUGCCAGGAGCCCCCGGAGCAAGGUCUAAUGGACUGAGGAGUCCAGCAGCCAUUGAGGUCCAUGGAGGGUCUCCAGGUUUACUUCCCACCCUAAGCUCAGAAGACUGCUGCUGUGGCCAAGGAUCGCAGCUUCUCCCAUCUCCUCACUGCUGGAUCCUGCCCCUGACCAGGCCAGAGGGACUUCCCAGGCUGCAGGCAACUUUCCAUUCCAUAGCUGUUGCUGGACAUGACCUAACAAAUCAGCCAUAAUGCCUCUUUCCCUCUCUUAAUUCUCAUGGAAAGCACCAGGCUCGUCCCUCCUCAUCCUGCAGUUUGAAUAGAAUUUCUCAAACUUGGAUGUUCUAUUUCAAACCUUGGUAAAAAUAGCUGUCAUUUGGUUUCUAUAAGGCCUGCUGGUGAAAAACAUUUCCUGGUAAUUUUAGAUGAAUAUGGUUUCCCUCUCCAAGUCACCAGUAUUCCAUUUGCCUUCUUAGGCUCCAUGAGUCAUCCUCAGACCCCCCCCCCUUUUUUUUAGGAGGAAAGUAUUUUAAAGGGAAGGGAUACAUGAUGGAAAUAUCUUUAGCCCAAAUGCUUCAAACUCCAUCUCUGCCAGGACUCCUUCAUCUGUCUGUAGCCCCUACCUCUCUCCUGAGCCUUUCCAGGGAUCUUGGGCAUUCUUUGGAUGAUCCCUUUGGCUCUUAUGCUGCCCUCAUGGGGAGCCUAAAUUGCCUCUUUCUUUUUUCUAUGAGUAGCUCCAUAGUCACCAGUCACUCAUGCUCUGCCUUCAGCAGGAGCCUUUCUUCCCCUAUCUGUGCAACCUUCCACUCAGUGGGUACUUGGGAGCAUCGGUUGCUUCCCCAGCUAUCUAAUGCUGUCUUUUCUUCUCAAAACCCAUCUGAACAGUAGUUUCAAAAAUGUAUCCCUUCUCAACCGUUUUGGAACCAUCUUUUCUUUCCCAAUCAUAAUGCCCGCAUUCUAAUGCAGUCAUUCUAAGCAUGUUCACUCAGUACUUACCGUGUGCUAGGAACUGUUCUGGGUCCUAGAGAUAUAAUGAUGUGUAAGAAGACUGGUCUCGGAGCUUGAGUGGGCGGCAGCACGCGGGUAGGGCUGCGUGGGUUGCCCUCUGCAGCCGCGUCUCUGCCAUCCCCCUCACCAUACUGGGGCGUUGUACGUCUCCUUCCGGGACCGAAGCCGCCCGCAGUAGUGGGCAGCCCCAGCCGCAUCCCCCCUCAGCACCCGGAGGGCACGCUGGAGAGAGAAUGAGCCAGAGGGACACGCUGGUGCAUCUGUUUGCCGGGGCAUGUGGUGGCACAGUGGGAGCUGUUCUGGCAUGUCCACUGGAAGUUGUGAAAACACGGCUGCAGUCGUCUUCUGUGACACUUUGUAUCUCGGAAGUUCAGCUGAACACCAUGGCUGGAGCCAGUGUUAACCAAGUGGUGUCUCCUGGACCCCUCCAUUGCCUAAAAGUAAUCUUGGAAAAAGAAGGGCCUUGUUCCUUGUUUAGAGGAUUAGGCCCCAAUAUAGUGGGGGUGGCCCCUUCCAGAGCAAUAUACUUUGCUGCUUACUCCAACUGCAAGGAGAAAUUGAAUGGUGUAUUUGAUCCUGAUUCUACCCAGGUUCACAUGAUUUCGGCUGCAGUGGCAGGUUUUACUGCAAUCACUGCAACCAACCCCAUUUGGCUUAUAAAGACUCGGUUACAGCUUGAUGCAAGGAACCGUGGGGAAAAGCAAAUGGGUGCUUUUGAAUGUAUCUGUAAAGUGUAUCAAACAGAUGGACUGAAAGGAUUUUACAGGGGCAUGUCUGCUUCCUAUGCUGGCAUAUCAGAGACUGUUAUCUAUUUUGUUAUUUAUGAAAAUAUAAAGCAAAAACUACUGGAAUGUAAGACUGCUUCUAUGAUAGAAAACGGUGAAGAGUCUAUAAAAGAAGCAUCAGAUUUUGUGGAAAAGAUGCUUGCUGCUGCCACCUCAAUAACUUGUGCCACAACUAUAGCAUAUCCACAUGAAGUUGUAAGAACAAGACUACGUGAAGAAGGAACAAAAUAUAGAUCCUUUUUUCAGACACUGUCUUUGGUGGUUCAAGAAGAAAGUUACAGAUCCCUCUACCGUGGUCUAACAACUCAUUUGGUGAGACAGAUUCCAAACACAGCCAUUAUGAUGGCCACCUAUGAAUUAGUGGUCUGCCUCCUCAAUGGAUAGCAGCACAGGCUUCCACACUGCAAGAGGGAAGACCAAAAGAUUACAGUGGAUCAUGGAAUAUUGGAGUCAGCAUGGUGGACAGAAAGAACAGUAGUUUGGGAACAUGUACCAUAAUGUGCCCAAGUGGAAGUUUGGUGAAGAUAGCUAUACCACAUUACUUAGUUUUUCAGUAAUGUGGAAAAACCUUAGCCACCUCUAAAGGAAAUGCCUUUGGAAGCACUCCUUUGUCAAAAUUGCCAUUUCUCUGCUGUGUCCACCAGAUACAGUUGUGUUUUAUUGACCUAUAACAUUGAGAGUAUAGUGUUUAUUUCAAGAGGAUUUUUCAAGUCUUCUAAACAAAGCCAUCCUUAAAUAUGUACUGUACUGUAGAUAACAUAAAUAUCUAACUUCUGACUUUUAAUUUCUAUAAUACUGUAAGAUAACAAUAAUUGGUAGAUACUCAGUAUUCCCAUUUUGCUGAGAUGAUUUGGUACAAUAUUUUCAUUAUUUGGCACCAGUAAUCACUGUUUUUGACAACCAAGGAACUGUAGUCUAAAUAUCUUGUGUAUUAAAAUGUUUGAAUCUCUUCAGCUAACAGGUGUUUGAUGUUUAGCAUAAUGUAGACUUCAAAUUGUUACCAUAUAAAACUCACAUAAUACUUUGCAGAUUAAAAAAUUAACCAAUAAAAUAUUGAUUCUUGACCAAAAAAAAAAAAAAGACUGGUCUCCACCCUUAAGGAGCUUAUGAUCUAGUAGGAAAAGCAAAAGAAUAAACAGGUACAUUUACAGCAGUGUGGUAGGUGUUAGGGCAGGGACCAUGUGUUAACAUCACAAGAGGAAGAAAAGGAGACAUUAUUUCUUAUCUUUUUUUUUUUACAAACCCUUGUGUCAAGGGCUGACUUUCAAUUGAUCGCAGAGAGGGAGCUGCUCUGAUGCUUACGAAACCCCGACCUGAAGCAGGUUGUCUACGAAAGGUUUAGCGCCAGGUUCCCCACGAACGUGCGAUUCGCGACGGGGGGAGAGGGCGGCCCCCUUUCCUGCCGCGCCCCUUU